CAAGUGCCAAGGAGUAAUCAUUCACAAGUCACAACAGCCCCAAACCUUCAUAAAGAUGGCAAAAAAUUCUCACACUUUGUUAUUUUUUCUUCUCUUCCUCACUCUUGUAGGAACCUCCCAUGCUGGUGGUAUAGCCAUCUACUGGGGCCAAAGCAGCGACGAGGGCACACUAUUCGAAGCAUGUGCCACUAGGAGAUACACCCACAUAAACAUUGCAUUUCUCUACAGGUUCGGCAAUGGCCGAACCCCUGAAUUGAACCUAGCAGGUCAUUGCAACCCAUCAACCAGUUCAUGCACCAGAAUAGGUAAACACAUCAAGUAUUGCCAAAGUAGAGGUAUCACAAUGUUGCUUUCUAUCGGUGGUGGAAUCGGAAGCUACUCUUUAGCUUCAAUUGAGGAUGCUAAAGACGUCUCAACAUAUUUAUGGAACAAUUUCUUGAGUGGUGAGUCAUCUUCAAGACCAUUUGGUGAUGCUGUGUUAGAUGGUAUAGAUUUUGAUAUCGAACUUGGCUCCACACGAUAUUGGCAAUACCUUGCGCAAUUUCUCAAGGAAUAUAAUGGUGUUUAUCUAAGUGCUGCUCCUCAAUGUCCAAUUCCUGAUAGAUUCUUGGGUAGAGCCAUCGAAACAGGACUUUUUGACUUUGUUUGGAUUCAGUUCUAUAAUAAUCCACAAUGUGAUUAUACUAAUCAUAACAAAAAUAACCUUGUGAGUUCAUGGAAAGAAUGGAAAACUAUUGUUCCAACUGGGGAGAUAUUUUUGGGGUUACCAGCCGCUAAGGGCGCAGCUGGAAGCGGUUUUAUCCCGGCUGAUGUGUUGGCGUCUGAAAUCCUACCUAUCAUUGAAAAUACAUAUAAGUAUGGAGGGAUUAUGCUUUGGUCAAGAUACUAUGAUGAGAGAACUGAUUAUAGCGCUUCCAUUAUGGCUACUGUGUGAAGAGUAAGUAGUUGCAAUUUGCCAAUGAUUUUAAACUAAUUAAUAGUAAAUAAAGAAAAACAUUUGCAUUGCACUCUUGUGUUAAUUGUUAUUGUUAUUUAUAAUAUUUGUGUGUCUACAUGGAUCUUGCACUCUUGUGUGACUUGAAAAGAUGGCUUUGCUUGUUGUCUCUUCAUUUAAUCAAGAAGAUAGAAAGAAAGUUAAAAAGGCAAAUGAAUGUAUAGUUAAUAGUUAUUCUCUUGUUAUUACUGUAUUAUGCAAAACAAAUUCUUCCUGCAUUUUUAAUUC